CUGCUUCUCACAUGUGAUAAUGCUUCCGCCACGCUAGAGUUCGUUAUAAGGUGCUUAAACAUGUUCGGUUUCAACAGACCUUUUAAGGCUGAAUUUUAUAAUCGCUAAUCAGGACUACCCUUUCCGUCUUUCAAGACUACUCAAUUGCAUCUUCCCGCCAACCGACUUACCGACUCACAAUGAAGUUCACUCACGGUAUCUGGGAGGACCGCCGAGACACUGUUAUCUACAGCGCAACGGAGGUAGCCCAUGUUUCCCAACUCGCCCCUGAUCGUAUCAGUGUGCUCUGUGCCACUCGCCACGUUGCCCAUCGCGGGAAUACCCUCAAUCGUCCGACGAUCACUCUGACCGUCUCUGCAGCAGCACCUGGUAUCAUUGCUUGCGCCGCGACGCACUUCAAGGGUGCAAAGAAAGCCUCUGAGCCGCGCUUCGAAAUCUUUCCUGGUGGCAAUCAGCGGCAUGAAUUUUCCCAUGUAAGAAGCGACGGUGAUGCCGGUCUCUCGGUAUUCUCCAGCGGUGAUCUACAAGCUGAACUUGACCGAACCCCUUCCAACUUUCGCCUAAAUUUCCAAUCAAGUCCCGAGGGAAAGCCUUUGACAAGUGUCGGCUAUCAGGGCGUACAAUACAUAGUUGGUCCUCCAAACCAGGGUGUUCCAACCCCUUUGGAGGCCAGUACUAAAAUCGCAGACCCCUAUCAUCGCCCGGGCUUGGAAACAAAUGCAAAGCCUUACAUGUCUGUUGCAUUCGACCUGCAAGUUGGGGAAUUGGUGUAUGGUUUGGGGGAGCGAUUUGGCCCUCUUACCAAAAACGGACAAAGCAUCGAACUUUGGAAUGAAGACGCCGGAACUUGUACAAUGUAUACCUACAAGAAUAUUCCCUUUUUCUGGACUAAUCGGGGCUAUGGCAUCUUCUUUGACCAUUCAGAUGCGCUAUCCCUCGAGAUUCAGACCGAGAGACUCGGGAAAAUUCAAACCUCAAUUCAAGGUGAAGAGAUCAGAUGGUUCGUCAUCCAUGGGCCAAACCCGAAGGAGAUCCUUAAACGAUACGCCUUUCUAACUGGACACCCGACCUUGCCUCCAUCUUGGUCCUUCGGUCUCUAUCUUUCGAGUUCAUUCAUCACCAACUAUAGUGAAGAGAUCGUUAGUAAGCAGCUCGACGAGAUGGCCAACAGAGACAUACCUUUGUCUGUCUUCCACUUUGACUGUUUCUGGAUGCGGGAAUAUACCUGGACGAGCUUCAAGUUCGACCCCGUCCAAUUUCCGGAUGCCGGCAAGUUUCUCGAAAAUCUUCACAAACGCAAUCUUAAGGUUUGUGUGUGGAUCAAUCCAUACAUUGCUCAAGAAUCCGAUGUCUUCGACGAAGCGAUGGAGGGAGGAUACUUGAUCAAACGACUCGAUGGCACCGUUUGGCAAGGGGACAAUUGGCAGGCGGGAAUGGCCGUGGUAGACUUUACCAAUCCCGCAGCCGUCAACUGGUACAAAGGGCACCUAAAACAGCUCCUUCGCCUUGGAGUCGAUUCGUUCAAAACAGAUUUUGGCGAGCGCAUACCGUGGGAGGGUGUGCAGUUUCAUAAUGGUAUGGAUCCUCGACAGGGUCACAACUAUUACGCACUCUUGUAUAAUCGAACUGUUUAUGAGACUAUUGUUGAGGAACGUGGCAUGAAUGAAGCGGCUGUAUUUGGUCGGGCUGCAACUGCAGGAAGCCAACGGUUACCUGUACACUGGGGAGGCGAUUGUGAAUCGACUUGGCCUGGUAUGAUUCAAUCGUUGCGUGGAGGUUUGUCUCUCGGUAUGUCUGGCUUUUCAUUUUGGUCGCACGACAUUGCCGGUUUCAUUGCCCAAGGACUCUCCAACGAUGUUCCAGAUCCUCACAUCUACAAGCGGUGGGUUCAAUUUGGUCUUUUAUCAUCGCACUCACGACUGCAUGGCUCUCACACAUACAGAGUACCCUGGCUUGUGGACGAAGAGGCGGUGCAGGUUUUGGCCAAGUUCUCACGCCUGAAGAAUAUGCUAAUGCCAUAUAUAUUUGCCCAAGCAAUUGAUUGCUGCCACAAGGGACUCCCGAUGCUGCGUGCCAUGGUCAUCGAGUUCCCAGAAGACAGAACAUGUGCGACUCUGGACGAGCAGUACAUGUUCGGCGAGAGUUUACUUGUGGCACCAAUCUUCAAUGAUCAAGGGAUCGUCGAAUACUACCUACCCAAAGGGACCUGGACCGGCCUUCUUGACGGGAAGAGGCGUGUUGGACCGGGGUGGAUUAAAGAGACUUUUGACAACUUCCAUCUCCCUCUCUUAGUUCGCGAAGGCCACGCUAUUCUUGUAGGAACUGGCGAUCGUCCUGACUACGAUUGGCCAUCCGAACUCACUGCUGUUGCUGUUGGCAAGCUUCCAACAGACGAAGUGAUAGAGGUACCUAUCCCUUCGGCAAGAGCAGUCGGCACCAUCGACAGUACACUUAAGGUGUGGAUAUCAGGAGGACAGGGUGAUGUCGAACCAAAGGCUGAGCGGGUUGGCCUUGGAAUUACUCCUCGAGUAAUUAUAUUGGGAACUGAUUCUCAUCUAUGACUGCACUCUCUUGCUAUUCCAAAAGAUUCCAGUCAUAGUGGAGAAGUUUUAGACUCAACAACAGAACUUAUGCACGCCUGCAAACAAUAAUAACUCACGAGUUCAACUAGCCUACUAGUCUCGGUAUGCCAGUAAUAUUGAAGCUCAGUGCUAGCUUAUGUAAUUAAUAAAACGCUA